GCGAAUCGAGCGGCGGCCGAAAUCGAUCGUCCUUGAGGGAAUCGCCCCGUCGCCUGCGGCUCCGCUGGUCGCGGCGCCAUGGCCACCACCACCAGCACCACCAGCAGCAGCAGCAUCAACCCCUUCCUCAGCGACUCGGACGACUCGGACGACGACUCAGACGGCGGCGGCGGCGGAGGAAGAGGAGGAGGCGGCGGCGGAGCGGGGUCCAGGAUCCCUCGAGCCCGCGCCUCGGACCCCGCGCAGCAGCCGAGCCCCGCGUCCCGCGUCAAGAGGCGGCCACCCUCGUCUCCUGCUUCGCCCAUCUCCCCGCAGCAGCAGCAGCCGCAGCAGCCUCGGUCGCCUCCUCCUCCUCCACCGUCCGCCUCCUACUCGGGCUCCUGCCCCCCCGCCGCGGCCCCCUGGCACUGCGACCCCGCCGAGCCGCCGGGCCACGGCGGCCUCCUCCCCCCCGCGCCGCGCGUCUCGCUGGACGCGCUCGCCGAGCGGCUCCUGCAGGAGCAGCUGCUGCUCACCGCGCUCGAGCUGCACACCGAGAUGGCGGAGAGCGGACGAGAGCUGCCGCGGCUGCGAGACUUCUUCUCCAACCCGGGCAACUUCGAGCGCACUCCCGCGGGGCCCCCCGCCACCGCUUUCGCGAGGGACGCGGGCGGCCUACUGCCAGCAGCAGCAGCAGCGCCGGGGGUGCUCAACCGGGCCGGCAGCGCCAGCACGCUGGACUCGCUGGAUUUCACUCGCUACUCGGACGACGGAGGCCGCGAGACGGAGGAGCGCGUGGCCGUGUUGGAGUUUGAGCUGCGGAAAGCCCACGAGACGAUUCACUCGCUGCGCGCCAACCUCACCGAGCAGGCGGCAGAUUCGGAGCUCCCCGCGGCGGAACCGGCAAACUACAGCCGGGAGGCGGCGGUGCAGGAGCCGAUUCGGCCGCUGGAGAAGAGGGCGCUCAACUUCCUGGUGAACGAAUUUCUGCUGAAGAACAACUGCAAGCUGAGCUCCAUCACCUUCUCUGAUGAGAACGACGACCAGGAUUUCGACGACUGGGACGACGUGGGGCUCAACGUGUCCAAGCCAGCCGACCUCCUCUCGCUCUACCGCGAGUGCGUGGCGCGGCACGGCAGCGCCGGCGCCGCCACCGCAGAUGCCAGCGUGGGCCCCGCGGAGGAACCUGGCCACACCGACGCCGUGGGUUCCGUGGCGCUCAUCAAGGAGCUGCAGGGGAGGAUCGGAUCCCUGGACCGAGAGAACCAGAGCCUGACGGUGCACAUCCGCAAACUCGAGAGGGACCUGGAGGCCUUGCAGAGCCCCCACGAGUGGAGCCCGGCCCCCAGCCCACGAGGGGCUGUGGGGGAUCACAGUGGCGGGGAGGCGGUGGACCCCCGUGAUGAGCAGCCGCCGACCGAGCGACCGGACACCCGUGCCAAGCUCUCGGGGAGGUCGGAGGUCACGGGCAAGGGGUCGGUGGGCGCGACCUCCUCUCAGACGGUCACUCCGGUGGCGGCGGCGGCGGCGAGCGGGCCGGAGGGAGUGGGGGACCGCGGGAACGGGGGGCCGAGGGCGGACCCCCAAGUCGUCUUCGACAAACCCGACCGGAAGCUGCCCCCCGCGUUCCACCAGGCCCUACUGUCCGUGUGCCGCACGGCGCCCGCCUCCCGGCUCAGCUCCGAGGUGUCUCAGAUCCCUGGGACGGAGCGGGGGGCCCUGCUCAUGCUGAGUCGCUGCCUCCCACACAUCGUGCCCAACGUGCUGCUCGCCAAGCGCGAGGAGCUGAUCCCCCUCAUCCUCUGCAGCGCGUUCCUCCACCCCGACCACAAGGAGCGCGAUCGCCUCCUCCACAUCCUCUUCAACCUCAUCAAGAGGCCCGACGAGCAGCAGAGGCGGAUGAUCCUGACGGGCUGCCUGGCGUUUGCGGUGCACGCCGGCCCCACCAGGGUGGAGUCUGAGCUGCUGCCACAGUGCUGGGAGCAGAUUAACCACAAGUACCCGGAGCGGCGUCUGCUGGUGGCGGAGGCGUGCGGCGCGCUGGCCCCCUACCUCCCGCGAGUUAUCCGCAGCUCGCUGGUGCUGUCCAUGCUGCAGCAGAUGCUGAUGGACGACAAGACGGACGUGGUGCGGGAGGCGGUGAUCAAGAGCCUCGGCGUGCUCAUGGGCUACAUGGACGACCCCGACAAGUACCCACAGGGCUUCGAGCUGCUGAUGAUGGCGCUGGGCGACCCGGCGGAGCGCGUGGUGUCCGCCACGCACCAGGUCUUCCUGCCGGCGUUCGCGGCGUGGGCCAUGGAGCUGGGAGAGCUGGAGCCGCACCUCCUCCACACACUGCUCAGCCGGAUCGAGACGCUGGUGAGGGAGGCCGAGUACGGUCUGGACGAGCGGCGCCUGCACCUCUACCUCACGGCGCUGCAGUCGCUCAUCCCGCCGCUCUUUGCCCACGCGCUCGUCCACUCGCCCUUCGCCGAGACGGCGAGACAGGGCCCCGCCACCUCGCCCAUUGAGGUGACGCGCUUCCCGCGCCCGGCGUCGCUGCUGCAGGACGUGGCGACGCUGGUGGGGAGCCGCGAGCUGCUGGCGUCGCUGCUGUGCCACUACGAGCAGCAGCUGCAGCAAGGUGGCACCACGGGCUGGGCCAGCCUGCUCUGGGUGGUCAACCAGCUGCUGCCGCGGCUCAUCACCAUGAUGGGAAAGAUCUCGGUGACGUCGGCCGUGAGCGUGCACGAGUUCUCGCGCUUCUUCUGGCGCCUUUGCCGCACGUUCGGCCGCACGUUCACCAACACCAAGGUGAAGCCGCAGUUCCAGGAGCUGCUGCGCCUCUCCGAGGAGCACGUGGAGUCGUUCCCCAACAUGGAGGACCCCAUCCUCACCAAGGCUACGGUGCCCAUCUACGCCACGGGGGUCCUCACCUGCUACAACCAGGAAGAAGACCGCAAGCUGCUGACGGGUUUCCUGCAGGACGUGCUCACCACGCUGUCACUCACCUCCUCCCCGCUCGACAGCCUCAAAGCAGCAUUCCUCGAGCUGGGGGCGAACCCCGUGUAUCACGAGUCUCUACUCACGGUGCUGUGGUACGGCGUGGUGCACACCUCGGCACACGUGCGCCGCACCUCCGCCAGCAUGUUCGAGCUGCUGGUGAAGGGAGUGAACGAAACGCUCGUGGCCCAGCGAGUGGUGCCGGCGCUCAUCACGCUCGCCAGCGACCCCGAGAUCUCGGUGCGAAUCGCCACGGUCCCGGCGUUCGGCACCAUCAUGGAGUCCGUGACGCAGAAGGAGCUGCUGGAGCGGGUCAAGAUGCAGCUGUCGUCGUUCCUGGAGGACGCGCAGUACCGCGACGCGCACGCGCUGCACACCGAGAUCGUGCACUCGUUCGGCCGCGUCGGCCCCAACGCCGAGCCCAAGUUCCGCGACGAGUUCGUGAUCCCGCACCUGCACAAGCUCGCGGCCGCCAACAAUCACCAGCACAACGAGGGCAAGCGCAUGGGCAUGGCGCUGCAGCUCUUCGAGGCGUACUCCGCCCUCUCCUGCUGCUUCAUCUCUGACGAGCUCAUGACGACGCACUUCCUGCCGGGGUUGCGCUGCCUCCGUUGCGACCUCGAGUUCCUCUCCCCGGAGCACGAGGUGAUCGUGGCGACGAUGAUUCGCGAGUGGGAGCUGAAGCUGGAGGCGAAGAGCAGCGCGGACGCGAGCGGCCUCUCGUUUCCGGCCGCACUGGGCUCGGCGGAAGACGCCAAGACCAAGUUCCUGAGCAAGGUCGGGCAGCUGACGACCUCCAGCGUCAUGCUGGCCAACGUCUUCCAGCGCAAGAAGUGACCCCGCCCCCCCCUCCUGCGGGGCCACGCCCACUUCCUGCGCUCAGCUCCCCCCCCCCCCACAAGCCGGGCCACACCAGCCCCCCGGUAGCCGAGUCUUCUCCUGCUCGUGCCGGAGUGUGCGAUGGUGGUGCUUGUGGUGUGGGGCAGUAUUACUGGUGGUGAUGGCGUGCGAGCGAGUGGUGUGCUGCUGUACGGGCACUGGUUGUGGUGUGUCUGGGUGUUGUGGUGUGUGGCUGUUGUGGUACGUGGGUUAAAUCGGCGUGGUGGCGGUGGUGCCGGCAGUGCCAGGAUGAGAGUUACGGUCGUGUGUGGUGGGGCAGGACUUGGAGUGGUGGCGGGGAAAUAGACAGUGCUGUUUGCUGUGGCGAGAUGUUUUCUACCUCGCCUGUUAUACAGGCGGUCGUGGGUUCCAUCCCGACCCUGAACGCUUAUGUAUUGGAAGUUUGCAUGCUAUCCCCGUGGUCGCGUGGAUUUUUCUCCGGCUUCUCCGGUUUUUCCCUCCACAUUUAGAAACAUGGCCAGGCCGCUUCUGAAAAAAAGCUCUUUAGCUCAGUCGGCCUUACCUAGUAAAAUAAAAAUGGUUAGUAGCUGUCAGUUCCAUUUGGCACCUGCGGUGGGGCAUGGAAGUGAUCCGAGUCUGGGUGUCGACGUUAUGACGAUGCUGGCUAUGACUGUUGUGCUGUGCGGCUCUUCGGCUGUUGAUCGGCGUGGUACAACCUGGACACGGCCCAGGGAGCGGAACGCUUUUGUCUUUCCGUCCGCGUAUCCGUCCGUCACCGGCGCGGUGAGACCGGCGCACCGCGAGCGGCAAAUACGCAGCGGGCAGCACCGUAGCCCCCCGCUUGGGGGGUCUCGGCCACCUUCCCCCCCGGGCCACGGGCGUACAGGCCCCCCCACACCUACACAUUAUUUAUUGGAGCUCGUGUGCAAUCAUAAUGGUACGCCGGUUUAUCGCUUAUUUAUUAUUUAUUCGGUUGGAUUGUUGUUUAUUUUUUUGCUUUCGGAUCCCCCCCCCCCACCACCCUGUGGUGUCACGAGAUGAAAGAAGCAGCCGGAGAGCUCGUGGAGCAGUGCAGCGCCGUCGCGUUGUAGAACGGCUCCACACAAGCGGGUGUCACGGAGCUACCGCCCGAGGCCCCAUUCAGUUGGUCUCUGCUCCCCACACCGUCGCGUGCGACACUUUCUCAUUCGCCCUGCCACACGCCGUCAUAUUCGUCGCAUGACAGGCAACCUGAUAUUUCAAUUCUCACGGCUGCAAGUCAGCCAAAUGAAGUGCCGGUCCAAAUUCAACUUGUUGGGGUCUUGGUCAAGUGAAGAGGCUGUCACGGCUAACGUCAGCGAUGCGAGCACCACCUCGCCAUCGCUUCCUUCCUUCUGCCAGAUGCCUCGGCUAUUGCACAGGCGACGCUCAACAUCCACAGUCUGCCCGUCUGGUCUCUCCCCCACCGCCUGCAACGUCUGGGUUCCUGUGGGUUUCUGGUGGGCUAGUGUGGGUUUUUUUGGGUUGCUGUGGGUUUGUUUGGGUUGUUGUGGGUCCCUGUGGGUUUGAGUGGGUUGUUGUGGGUCCCUGUGGGUUUUAGUGGGUUCCUGUGUGUUUGUUUGGGUUGCUGUGGGUUCCUAGUGGGGUAGUGUGUGUUUGUUUGGGUUGCUGUGGGUUCGUGUGGGUUUGUGUGAGUUUGUUUGAGUUGCUGUGGGUUGCUGUGGGUUCGUUUGGGUUUGGGAUUCUUUUGAGUUCGUGUGGGUCCGUUUGGGUUUCGUGUCAUCGUCAUGAAGGCGAAUGGAAGAUGGCACUGUUAGAAUUGUGCAUUAAUAUCACUUAUGGCUGCCAUUGUAAUGAAUAUUUGUGAAACUGAAUGCCAAUAAUCCAACAUCAGCUUGGGGAUAUUUUACAGCACAAUGCACCUGCAUGCCAAGGUGCGGUACAGCGGCAGUGGGCACGUCUGCUUUGUAAUGCGACACAAGGCAUCCUGUUAUCGGCAGAGGACGAAAGAGAGGAGUUUAGCUUGGACAGGGGCUGGCAGUCCGCUAUUCAAAUGGCUGGGGGAAGGCAUUUAAAUCGGACCGAUUUGGCAAUGUCCACGUCUGCAUUGAGACGCAAUCUCCGCUCAAAGCGAAACGGCCGCUCCCGCACUCGUCCCACCGAGUUCACGAAAGCCAAGCGACGGUACGCGUGCUGCACAUAUGUGUACGUGUGUGCGUUGAACUUCUUUCGCGCUAUACGUAGCCAGUCGUGCUACUCGAAGGUGCGGGGGAAGGACAACAACCUAAACACAAAAAGCAUUUAAAAAGAAAUGAGUUCACAUUCGAGAUGAUUUAAAAGUGCAUAGCUCACAGUGGCGCCAUAAUAUCAAAAGGAAGAACGUUCCAGGCGGCCGAAGGAAACGCAUCCGAAAGCGCGCGAUGCGGUGACCGCGUCUUUUUAAUCUGAUGCCCGAUCCAAAAGUCGCUGCUUGAUAAGUCGACCGAGACGCCUGGCGUUUGUACUCGGUGCGGUAUCAGCGUCCGCGGGUCUCGGCAGCUGCAGAGGAAUCACAAAAAUCCCCUGGUGCACGUUCGUGUCUCCCCAGUGAGUUAAAGGGGGCCUCUCCGUGUGUGUGUGUCUGUACGUAACGCAUCUACGCAUUUGUAUGUACUUGUUUGUGCGUGCAUACAUUUUAUAAUGACUUGCACUGUACAUAUAUUGUUGGUGUAUCCUUGAUUAGUUGAGCUGAUAACAUUUGCGAAAAAGGUAAACGCAUCGUCGUCGCCAAGGUUCUUCUUCAUCACCAAAGGCCAUCCUGGUCAAUUGCAAUUCGUGGCAAGUUGUGUUGGCGAUUCCAAAGGCAUAUUGAUGGACAUUGUAAUCAGCACUUCAACAACCAACGUAUUUAUUGCAUGCUCUUUUUAAGAGGUUAAAAUCAUUUUCAGGAAUAUUGUUUGUGUGUGCGUGCGUGCGUUGUGGGGAGCGGCGGCGUGGCGGUUAGUGCACCGGCGCUACGAACCCGGAGACCUGAGCUCGAUUCCCGGCCAUGGAUAACAUCGGUGAAGAGAAGUGUCGUUUUUAUCUGUCCUGGUUUUUUCCCACGAUCAUCGUUUUGUUGACGAACCUGUCCUGGGAUAUCUGCCAGUCCUCCCAGGACAGUCAUAGUCCUGUUGCGUUGCGAUGCUUCCUAAAGCAGUGCAUUCACGUGAAGUUCUCCCCUCUUCCGCUAUUGCGAGAUAUAUUCUCGAUCUUCCCAUGAUCCACCUGGCAUCUUUGAGCACUUAAAAGGUGGCAACCCUUGUGGCGAAUGAUAUAUGAACUGGUCCCAGGCCUCCCCUAGGUCGAGUCAGCCUUAAAGGAGUACCUGGUGCAAUGUGCAAACAUCAGCACUGGAGAGGUCAAGGUGGACGGGUGGUGCUGUCCAAAUCACCCCCUCGUGCGUUGUGCCGCCCUUAAUAGGCGCUCGCUAGCAGCACUUACCCCACCGGUCUGCUAAAGGGUACAUGGGGGAUCUUUGUCUUUUGUGUUGGGGAAAAUGUGGGUUGGUGGCGUCGCAGUGGUUCGUAUACCAUGCCACCAUCUCGGCAACCCAGGUGCAAUUCCGAGUCUCUCACAAGAUCUGCGGGAAUAACAGUCUGAACAUCUGAACGAACUCUUGGCCUUCCCAAGAUCGACGAAGCCAAGACUCGCUCCCUGGUGUGAUGUCUUCUUUGGCAGCGGGGAGACAUGGUAGACCGACGUGCAUGCUCGAGACACCUUUUGCACUGGCAAAACCAAGCCGAGCCAGCGUGGGGCCAUGACGGCACGAGUGGUUGGCUAUUUGCCGAGCCGAGCUGGAACCAGACCGUAAUACGCUGGCCUCGCAAAGACAUCUGAUGCUGGCUCAGAGCCAAGCUGGGCCGGGGGGUGGCGCUUAAACGACGAGCCCGUUGCGUGUGACGUCGGUCGGUACUUUGUGAGGACGCGCUGUCUUGGGUUCUGCAGUAGAAAAACAACCAGGCUCUUCUUGAACCGCGCGGGCCCUGGCUCGGCAUGGCUCGGUUGUAAUGGGUAGUGCUUUCCACGCUGACCCCACUUGUGACCCUGAUAGGUGCUAACUAACAGCAUUCGUUGCUUCCGUUUGUAGAGAGGGGGUCCUUGUGUUUUUUGCCGGGACAGAAGUGUGGUGUGUCGGUUGAGCGGUGUUGCCACUCACGAAUGGUGCUCAAUGAGCCAUGGCAUGGUGGCUGAGCAGGCCUGCGAGCUGACACUGGACGGACGGUUCAACUAGAAUUUGUGAGACUCCCGUGGCAGUAUAGCAAGUGGGUUCACGAACCCGUCUGUACGGACCUUAUGGGCGUUAUCCCCUCAUAUGAGUGGUGGGUUUUCUCCGGGUUACUUCCACACAACGCAAAAAGGAAUUGGCCAAACAUCCCAAUGCGACAGGACCCUCUUGAAAGCGAGUCUUGUAGCUCAGUGGGGCUUUACAAAAAAAUAUUUAGUGCAAUUGCAAGGUGUUUCGAUUUAGGUUGUGUGCCGCUGUUGAUUCUGCCGUAUGUAGGUGAAACAGUGAGAGAAGCACAUGUGGUGUGUGUAUGUGUGCGCCGUGCCGGCCUUCAUAGGUGCUCGCUAACGGCACUUGCCCCAACGGUCUGUUAAGGCUGCAUGGGGGACCUGUGUCUUUGUCAGUGGCUUAGCUAUCAGGUGGCAGGCGGUGCGACCGCCCCGGUGACCAGGGGCCUGGUCACCGGCUAACAAAGUGGUGGGGGGGUUGCUGGUGGGGACUACAGAUGGCGGUUGGCUGCUGGAAGCUCUGGCGUAGGCAAUCGUACAAAUCCUGGAGGUGCACCGGGCUGGCUUGCGGCUGAACUGAAUCCUGUGCUGCUCCUCUCGGCAGCGUGCGCUCACGCGGGAGUCGCCCGUCGCGCAUGUCAGUGCACUGCUGGACAAUGGCCUCUCUGUGGUAUCUGGAUUGUGGCCGUUAUUUGACCAUACUUGACCAUACUUGACCAUACUUGACCAUUCUUCACCAGUCCUCCGCACCUCCAAUUAGCACGGUUGGCUACGUAUGGUAGAGGCCGACCGAAACUGAAUUUAUGAUUAUGCCGAAAGAGGCCAUUUGGCAACUUUCGACGCCGAAACCGAAACCGAAUUUCGGUCGGCCUCUAACGUACGGUGCGAAAAAGGUCAACGUCCGUACAUACACACUGGUCAGCGCGGGUUUGGUGAAAGCGAACAGUAUAAGUGCAGUACAGCGGUCCAUUUUUCAGCACUCUGCUGCUACCCACCACGUCGCACCGUCUGCACAGCGGUCAUUCAUUCGAGAGGCAAGCAGGCCCCAGGCUGCUUAGCUUUCGAGAAGUGACGGAAUUGGGCGCGUCCCAUGCGGUUUGGCCACAGGCCGGCCCCAGCCACGUCUCAACACUGAAGCUGGCCUGCAACGCAGUCUCCUCCGCCUCUCCCUGUUGUAAAUGUAAGUUGACGCCUGAUGUCAACGUUACAUUUCCAUUGCUCGUGGCUGAUGGGAUGUCUAAAACACUUUGGAAGGUCAGAUAUGUGAAGGAGGCGAAUCGCUUUGUUAUUUAUUUUCUCCACAACAACGUGGAUGAUUAAUCUGUGUCUUGCUGAAUGUUGUGUCGAACUAGGACCCAUCGCUAACAGGAGGGGGGGGGGGGGUCCUUGCCUAUAAACGACCAGCAGUUUACCAGCACUGGUUCAAACAAGCCUCAUUCUGCUGCUGCUGAGACACUGGCUGUCACAACUGGUCCAGACUUUUACUUGCGUUGAAGUGAUGCACUCCCAGAAGGCCUUGCGGUUGAUGGGAUGUGUAUGCGGUAUAUAGUAAGACUUGUAGUAUAUUUCGUGUGGACAGACAGAUUGUGUGAAGGAGGCGAUUGUCUCUUGUUUAUUUAUUUAGUUUGUUUAUUUCUUGGCGAUCCGGUUGACGAGGCCCUUUCACACGAGAUACCGCUCGUGUGAAAGGGCCUCGCUGUCCGCCCGCAACCCACUUGCACUAUUCCAUGUGUCUCUUAUUUAUUCUGCGUUCUGCGUUGAGUUUUUCGUUCAUUUGCAGCCCUGUGAUCUGUGUGUUGUCUGUCCGUGCGCACGGACGGAUCGCCGUGCAACGGCCAAGCACCAUUGCGUCCCCUCCGUGCGGAGAAACACUAUCACGUGUGUCCAUUUGACCCAUACGUCACUGUGCUGGUCAGUGGCGGGUUUGGCGAACGUGGGGGAGUGUAGACCUGGAGGGAAUAUGAGUACAGUACAACGAUGGAAUUCUUCAAUACUGAACCUCUGCCGACCGCUGCGUCGCAGAGCCCCACAGUCGCCGAUCGCAGCCUGGCGUGCGUGCGUGGGUGGGUGCGUGCGUGGGUGCGUGCGUGCGUGGGUGCGUGGGUGGGUGCGUGGGUGGGUGCGUGCGUGGGUGGGUGCAUGCGUGGUAGUCACCCACAAAAGCACUACCCGCGCUCCUUCCGAUUAACCAAGCCCCGAUGAGAUCGAGAGCAUCCCCCGGUGAUCUGGUCGCAGGCACUUUGUUUAAACGGAGCGACAGGGGCUUUCACUUCCGCGUGACUGCACUUGCCCGCGAUGAGCUCGGCCUAAGCACUCCGUUGUAAGCUUGUACACUACAGCUGCCUCUUGUCUCGCCCAAAGAAGCAAUGUGGAAUUUAUUUCACGGUCACAUUUCCAGCGUUUGGCACUUCAUGCAUGAGUCUUUGCAAAACCAAAAAGAAAUCCAUGCAUUUUCAGUGGACAUGUUGCAUUUCUAUCCGGUUAAUGGUCUUUACGUGCUUCAAAGUGAUCAUCGUCAUCAUCAUGUCACUGUCUUUCCACUGCUGGAUGAAGUCCUCUCCAAGCUAUCUCGCGGUCAACCGAUCGGUCUAGAAACUGAAAUUGCAGGUAACCAUUCCGUUAAAUCUUGACUUAAAGCUUUCAUGACUGCAGGAAUUCAUAUUCUUUGGGUCUUUCUGUUAAGUCACCUAGAUAGGUUCAAAGAAAAUAACAAAAAACUACGUUAUUUUCUUUGAACCUAUCUAUGUGACUUUACCGAAAGACCCAAAGAAUAUGACCAUUCCAGUCUCUUGUCUGGCAAUGCGUUGGGAUCUAAAUGCCAAUGUCGAGGUAUGCUUGGCACGAGAGGACUUCGUCACAGCUGACUGGGGACCGUGGUUGAGACUGCGUGACGAUUGGGGAGGGGGGGGGGGGUACAAAACCAUUGGUGUGGGUUGUCAAAGAUAAAUGCCAAACGUUGCUAUUGUUGUCGUUUCCCUGCACCUCUGCUUAGCACGGUUGGCUACGUGAGGUGCAAAAGAAGUUCAACAACAUGCUUCUUGCAGGCAAAUUAUUCAUCUGUCUUGGUCAGUGUGGUGUUAGUCCGUACAUUAUGUCGUGCGGACUAACAGCACAACCAUACUGAUCGUACACGUGCGGCAUUGUUUCAUAUUUCUGUAAUGCGACCAAAACUGAAAGCGUGGAGGAGAUGUAAGCUUGGAAUUACGUUACAAGGAGGAACACAUGGACGAGAGAGAACAUGGGCAGGUUGGAGACGUCGCAUUAGCUGUUUAGAAAAUUGAGCGGGCCUAGGCACAGACGCGUCAUCAGCACGGACGAUGUUCCGGUGGUCGAAAACAACCAAGGAUUGGCAACCAAGGAGAGAGAACGCAUCAGAGCAGACGUCCGUUGCGGAGAUGGAGCGAUGAGAUUUCCCCGUGUGUGCAGGUGCCAGCUGGAUUUUAUUUUUACACCGCGAGACCGCGGCAGACAGGGGAAGGCUUGGGGAGACGAUCGUCUAGCAGUGGAGAAAUCGUCGCCGAUCGAGAUGACGACGUGACGUUCGUGGUGUGCAGGGUUCACUCGUGCCACACACGCGCCUAACGAUGACGCCUUUAAUUGCCACGCCGCCACCCGAGCAACGCACGAUCGACAGUUGUGGCCUCUGAGCGGCGUGCGCGGACACUCCGUCAUCGUUCGGACGCUGCGCCGUUUGGAUUUUUAAAACAUUUAUUUUAUCUGAAAUUAUAACACUAACGCGUGGAAAUCUUAAUAGAUUUCUGGUUGUGAAGACCUGCUGGGAAUCUUGAUGAGAACCUGCUGGAAGUUGGAGGUUGUUCUUCAAUAAACCGUUGAAAAACAAACAUCAUCGGGUGAUGAGUGAGUACCGUCUACCCGCGUAGGUUUUCGAUGGAUCUGCCGUGCAGCCCUCCGACGUUGGACCCCCACGUGUUGUUCUUCACGAUGCCCAACGUUUCGCUCCACGUGCUGUUCCUGAAGAAGCAACCCGGCAUGCGGAGCGAAACGUCCAACUGUUUCCGAACACGCGGUAGCGUCCUCCCGGAUCCAGGCGAGGUUCUAGGAUGGUGACGGCGCUAUCCCAGAAGAGGGAUCGGGACGUGAGUGGAUGGCGAGAGUGCAUUGUUGAGGUCUUGGUUGAUGAUGGGUGGUAGGUGGUUGUCGUUGGUUGGGAAACGUGUACAUUCUCGUGACGUGCGUGUCUACAGAACGUAAGCCACAACGGGAAGCCAGGGGAUUGGUGUAUCGGUUUCAGUGUUCCAGUUAUGAUGCCCUUUGCGUUAUUCAGUGGUGCAUCGCGCACUUUUGUGCACGAGCUCCCGGACCAUGCUGGAGCACGCGUGCUUUAGGCCAUCUUCAGCGGCAGGCCAGUCAUUGCUGUGCCGGAUUUGUGCUGGCAACAGUUUUCUACGAGGGUGGUGAGGGCAACGCUUUGU